AAAGUAGAGAGGCGAAUCCCGGAGCAGCUCCACGAGGCACCAGCAGCCUCUGCGACCGUCCGAAAACGCGCGUUUCUCCUGUUAACGCCGCCGUGAUCUUCUCGGGCCCGUGGAGGAAGCCUGCUCAGAGGUUCUGCUCCAUCCCUCAGAAUAGGAAGAAGAAGAAGAAGAAGAAGAAGAAGAAGGAUCCCGGCUUUAUCGUCCACCGUCCUUAUCUGGAUUGGAGUCUUGCCCGGGGACCUUCUGACUUGGAGAUUUUGGAAGUUAUCUUUCAUUUGUUUUUGCGGAUAGUUUGUUUUUUUGCGCGGUCGCGAUGUACUCCAGCUUGGCCUUGCCCUCCAACCCUUCGCCGUACGCGCACGACUCGGCCAGCUACAUCCACCCGUCCGCCAGCUCGCCCGUGUACGUGACGGGCGGCCGCGUGCCCGCCGUGUUGCAGCCGCUGUCCUACCUGCAGCCGUGCGAGCCCGCGCACGCUCACCAGACGCACGCCCUGAGCGCCCACCACCACGCCUGGCCCCAGGCGGCUGCGGACGGCUCGGCGUUCAGCCCGGGCAGCCCUCACCCUCCUCAUCCUCACCCGCACUCCCACCCUCACGCUCACGCUCCUCCGGCCUUCUCGUACGCGUCCAGCCCGCCUGUCAGCAGCGCCGACCAGUACGGAGCAGCGGGAGGAACAGCGGGAGGAGGAGCGGCCCUGGUGCGCUCCAGCUCCUACUCCAGCCCGUACGCCGCCUACAUGAGCCCGGACAUGGCGGCCUCGUGGACGUCCGGCCACUUCGACGGCGGCAUGAUCGGUCUCCAAGGACGGCAAGGAGCUCUGACCGGAAGGAGGUCCAGUCUGGACAUGCUGGAGGAGGUGGCGGGUGAAGGCCGGGAAUGUGUGAACUGCGGCUCCAUCUCCACUCCGCUGUGGAGGCGGGACGGUACCGGUCACUACCUGUGCAACGCCUGCGGCCUCUACCACAAGAUGAACGGCAUCAACCGACCGCUCAUCAAGCCCCAAAAGCGCCUGCAGAACACCUCUCGGCGAGCCGGUUUGUGUUGCACUAACUGUCACACCAGCACUACCACACUGUGGAGGAGGAACGCAGAAGGGGAGCCUGUGUGCAAUGCCUGCGGCCUCUACAUGAAGCUCCACGGGGUCCCCCGACCCUUAGCUAUGAAGAAGGAAAGCAUUCAGACAAGGAAACGCAAACCUAAGAUGCCCAAGACAAAAGCGCCCUCAGGGUCUUCAGCGUCAGGCACUACCUCUCCUCCCUCCCAGCCCAUUUCAGAGAGUGCUUCAACGAUAAAGAGUGAACCCAACAUCGCCGCCUCUCCAUAUGCUGGUCAAACUGUAGUCUCGGUCACACAGGCUUCAACACAGUUAAGCAGCACAAGCUCAGGACAAGUGGACAUCAAGUACGAGGACUAUGCCUUCACCCCUACGUCCAUCGCACAGAACUCCUGGUGUGCACUAUCCCAGGCGUGAUGCAACCAGAGACACGCUCAGUCCUGAGAACCACCCCAGUGCAAUCUAAGACAAAGACUUCUUUUGACGAGAACUACCUACUAUACCGCGCGACAAACAGUGGAUGGGAACGUGUGAAUCGACGACAUGUUUGUAUAGAGUAUAGCCAGUGCUACUUUCAUUUGUUCUUGUUCGCUGUGUAUCUGUUUUUGACAUCAUACCCAUUCGCAUUCAUGGCGUUUUGCUGAGAUAAGCAACGGAUGACAACUCAGCAAGUAACCGCGGAGUUUUUUAACCUACAAUGGGAAGGACGCUCGUUUCCCAGAACGUGCUCCAUUAUAUGCUUCUUAACUAAUGAUUAACCUUUAAGAUACAUUAUUUAUGUUGAGAUAAGAGCGGUCCAAACACAUGGAGUUAAGCAGUGUUGUUUUUUUGUUUUUUUUCUCAGAAUUUUUAUGGUCAGAAUGACUUUGGAAACAUUUGAUCCCACGCAUUAGUUUCCUCAUUGCCUCUACUGAUUCCGAACGCUGUUAUCGCUCCACCUCCAAAAAUCUGAAGUGCAAUGACUCAAAAAAGAAAAAAAAAAAAAAAAAAACAACUUUGAAAA